AUGUACCCAAACCAAAAGAACCAUUUUGAGAAAAUUUUCUAAGAUGUCCUAUCUGAAAAAGCAUUAGUAAAUAAAGGCUAAAUAGAAAUAUAAAGAUGUCCUAUAUUCGAUGAAAUUACCAGAAAAUUAUUAACGGAACCUUCAAUAGCAGUUUAAUGUGCAUAUGAGGAUGAAUUAAGGAGUUGUUAUGAAAGAAAUUACAAUAAUAGUAAUGGUAAUAGCAACAAUAAUAUAUUAUAAGAAUAAUAAACAAAUGAAGAACCAAUCUAAAAUAGAUUUACCACCUACGCCGCCUUUACCUUUGGUUUAAAAAGAAAAUCCACCUCCAUAUAAAAUAGAUCCACUGGAUAAAAAAAACCUUUUAGAUAAGUUAUAGGUGACCCAAUACCUAAACCUCCUCCUGAAAAACCUAAACCAUAAGCUAAACCUCCUAAAAAAAAAUAACUUAAAAAAGGGGAAAAACCACCAAAAGCAAUAAUUUGGUCUGGAAUGCCAUCUAUUCCUGUUGGAAGAACAGCUGAUUUUUUACAAUAAUUAAAUAAUGAUCUAGAUUAUGGCGAAAAAAUAUUAGGAGAUUUAAAAAAAGGAGUAAUGUCCGAUAUUCCGAUAAUUCCAGUAAUUAUUGAAGAGAUAAUUUACCCUCCAAAAGUUCCUAUGUAGGUCCGAACUUUAAUCGAAAGCUCAGUUUUCUCCAGUGCAGGAAGAGACGAUUAUGCGAUGUUUAAUUUUAUGGCUUGUAAGAAAAUAUGUGAUAAAUUACCCGAUAAUAAUCCUGAUAUGGCUCUAGCAUAUUGCGGUUUAGGUUCAGUUUUGUAUAAUAUGGAAGAAUAUGAACUCUCACUUAGGUGUUAUUUAAAGUGUAGGGAGAUUAGAGAGAGCCUUUUUGGAGUAGAACAUCCAGAUACAGCUGCUACAUUUAAUAAUUUGGGCUGUAAUAUGUUUAUGUUGGAAAGGAGUCAUGAAGCUUUGGCUUAUUUUAAACUCUCUGAGGCUGUUUUUAAUGCUGAAUUGGGACCUUAUCAUAAUAGAACGUUGACUAGUGCGAGGAAUAUUAGUAAAAGUGGUUAGUAUUUGGAGUUUUAGAAUUAACCCCAGUUUAGAACGUUGUGGGAAACUUAUUAGGUGGAUAAAUAUCCGAAAAAAGGAAAGAAAGGGAAUGGGAAAAAGAAAAAGAAGUGA